GAUUUUGCUAAUUUAACUACCGUAGGAGAACUUAAUAAAAUGAUUAAUGAUCUUUUAGAAAUAAUUCUCAAAGGAGCAAUUUAUGCUGAUAUGCAUGACCGAUUUGCUAAACAAUUAAGUAUUACUGCUCAUAAAAA